AAAGAAAUUGUCUAUAGUAUCAAAAAUUAUCUUCCAUUUGGCGCAUUACAUUUUAAGAAUCUUUUGGUACCAAAUUACUUCUAGUAUUUGCUAACAUGUCGUCACGUGACAAGGAAACAGAAAAAAAACUACAUAUGCAGUCUGAUAAGCUAAGAUUAUGUUAUCAGAGUCUCAACAAUUUAGAAAAAAUCCAGCAACAAAUCACAAACUUGGAGGCAGGUCUUCGCGUCCUAAAAGCACGUUUCCUUAAGAUAAAGAAAGAGCACGGUAAAAUGCAAUCACCGCUUGAAUUGGGGAAAAUCAAAGGAGCAAUUGACGAAAAGGAACCUAUUGAAGUUCCUCUCUGCACACAAAUGUUAGAGGAAUGUGAAAUGGAUGUAACCUCUGAAAAUAGACCAUACAACUUGGCGAAGGCAAGCAAUUACGAACUGGAAUAUCAUGAUUUGGAUGACGUAUGGAACAAAUGACGCAUAAGUUAUUUUCUGGCUAGUGACGAAGUUAUGAAUUUGCAAUUUCCAAAACUAUUUAAACGGUACAAUCAUUGACUUAAAAUAAAUAAUAAAUUUAUUUUAAAUUAAAUAAAUU